AUGGAGGUUUCGUUGCUUCCAUUGUUGGUUCUGUUGGCAGCCUACAGCUUGUCCAUAACUCCGUGUGUGUCGAUGGACUUAGAGUUCGGCACUUGCGAGCCCAAGGCGCAAGUAGGGAACAAAAUCUACGUCAUAGUGGACGAGACCAUGGUGACGUACAGCCAGGCUACAUCAACCUGUGCCAACCUGGGGGGUCGGCUGGCGUCCUCGCGAUACGAGAGUUACAGCGACGCCUACGAGAAGAUAAUGGAUUGGCGUGCGUGGGGUUGUCCAGAGGAUAUAUGGCAUAGUUUGAUUCCCGCAUGGGUGGACGUAGAAAGGGACCGCGGGGGAGCUGCCAUUUGGAGGCACGGUGUGGAUGGAACGGACGUUUUGUCCACGUACGAGGAUUGGGAGACCACGCAUACAGAUGAGCCAAUAGACGACCUUACCAAGAUGUGCGUGCGCUUUGAUUGCGUAACUUAUGGGCCUUAUAUGUAUGAUUGGUAUGUUGCCUCUUGUACGGACCUGGCCUACUUUGCUUGUGAGUUUGAGAUGGAACCUGAGGACGGUCCGGAUUCUCCAUGUUUCCCCACGGUUUUUCUGGACGCCGUGAGCCGACCUUACGAAAAGCCGUUACAGCUGUUACGAGCUGGGGAGUUCUCCAUUCAUGGACGCAUCACUGACCUGGAUUGCCACGAGUACCACAACGUCACCUACCAAUGGAGGGUUCGCGAAGCGAUAACGGAGGACUCUACUGUUCUCAUGAACCGCAUAAGCGGCGGCUCAAGAUACAACGCUAUCGUUAUGAACGACGCCUCUUUCACCAUUCCGCGCAACACGCUCACUGGAAAGUACCUGUUGGUGCUGUUCGUCUCUGUGACGUAUGGUGAAAACAAUGACGUCACCACGGCAACAGUAUCGACAUGGAUUGAGAUAGAACAAUCGAAACCCCGUCUUCUGAUCAUCGGGGGCUCAAAAAGGUCCCAAAGUGGUGGCCACCUGAUGAGUGAAUCUCCUGACGCGGAUGUGCAUGAUCCUUCAGGGAUUGUGUCUCCAACUACGUACAAUGAGCCGUGGAUCUGGACAUGUCGGCUUCCUGGCGGGAGCGAUUGUGACCAGGUGUUUGAGGUGCGCAGGGAAAUGCAAAGCUCAGGCUUUGAACGUCCUAAAAAUGACAUCAUCUACAACAGGACACCUAGCCGGGAAGGGAAGGCGACGUCGGGAACAUUCAUCAUGCGAGUUGAAUUUAGUGGCAGAUUUAACUCCAGAAAAGUCUCCUACACCCCUUAUGAGCAAGAAGUCACUCUUAUCCCUGCAGGCCUUCCAACCUGCAGAAUCAGAUGCGACAAAACAGACAACUGUGACUACCUGGCCACCAAGUUUGACCAGAGACUCAGGCUGUGGACAGAGUGUCACAUGAUCACCAGCACGCGAGAUCGAAGAGUUUAUCCACGGAAGCUGGGACCGGAGUACUCCUACCACUGGAGCCUGAAACAGUUCCCGGAGGAGUUCAGCGGCGGUGGUCUGGAGAACAACACUCUGACAGGCCUGGAUCAGUCGGAACUCAUCGUCAAAAGCAAUGUGUUCACUGUUCCAGGAGAGUACAUCAUACGGCUGGACAUCCUGACAAACGGUACUCUCUGCACCUCCGGCAACUGCAGCUAUGCAGAGUGGAAGUUCACCAUCCCGGUUCCGCCUGCCAACGCGCGUCAACCCGUCUGUACUGGAGACUUACCGGUACCGCUGUCAUCGGUCGAAUGUAACAGAACACAGCCAUACAGCAACCUAGACGCUUCGUGGACGGGAGAGGGCUGUGAAUGCCGGGAAGUCUCCAACCUUUGUACCGCAGGCCCGAUGGAGGGAAUCGCCCUGACCACCAGAUUCGACUUGAGCUGUCUCGACUUUGAAGGGCAAGGAGCGAUUCGCUACGAGUUCUACUACAGAACACGGGCCACAGCGUCGGUCAGCACCCUGACGACUUCCGGGUUCGGACAUAACAACUUAUUUCAGUAUGGAAUGUCGGGGUCACCACUUCCGUUCAAGUUACCGUCCGGUCUGGCGUCCGAUGACUACAAGGUCUUCAUUUUCGUGAAGAUGAUCGACCAGCUGGGGACGAGUAAAACAAGUGAACUGGAGCUGACGGUCCGACUGCCCGCCUUUGAGGAUCUGCUCACCGCUAUUGACGUCACCAACGCGGAAGUGGAGACCACCAUCCGCUGGGGAAACGAAAUGGAGGCCGUGCACUUAAGUACCAUCACAGCAGCAACUCUCAACAACAUCCGCGCAGAAGGAGCGUAUGGGGACGGGGACUGGAGGAAGGCCCGACAGGGGAUCAUCUAUAACGUCGGCAGAGUUCCCAUAGAGAGCGUUGAAUCCGUCAUCCAGUCAUCCGAGUCUCUUAUCCAGGCCACUCAUUAUGAUGACCAGGUCACGGCAGACGCACAGACCAGUGCAGCGGACCAGCUGUACAACAUGGCGCAGUUUGUUACCCAGAAGGUUACCAAGAGUGACAUCUCACAAGACAUGGUGGAGAGGCUGUCUGGAAUCAUCUUUACAGGAGCCUUUAAUGUCUUCAAAAGCUCUGAAGUUGUUGCUGGUUGGAAACACACCGGAACCGGGCCACCUGAAGAUGCCAACACGACCGAAGCAACUUUGCACAAGACUAGAAACGCCACCACCACGGCUUUUCUGGCCAUAGACUUACUUACGGACCAGAUUCUGAAGGGAAAACGUCUGGUCGAAGACGUGACAAUGAUAUCAUCACAGGACUUUCAGGUCGUGGUCAACAGGACAGACUGCCUCACGUGGUUCAACGACGUGAACUCCACCGUGCACUUCACCAGUUUUGAAGAAGGGACCUGGUUUCGACUGCCGCCAUUACCAGUGGUUAUAAGGGGAUACGCUCGCAAAACUUUGAAUCUCACCGGUGACAUAGACGAGGACCAGCUCAGGAUAAUCAGGAGCAAAUUCUGUAAAGCCAAUAAGCUUGGAACACAGGUUUUCAACAGCCGAUGGAGGAAUCCGUUUGAGUACGCCACGAACUUCAGUCACCGAGAUUUAGACAUAGGGAUAGGAGGGCUGCACUUCAGUGACACCUACGAAAUGAAGGCAAUUUCUGGCCUCGAGGAGCCCAUAGAGUUUUCCACCCUGAGGCACAACCAGUCCGUGGUAACUGCAGGGUUUGAUGACGUUGCAGUAGACGGGACAGUUGUGUACACCGCCUUUACGACCAACGGCUCCAUCGGCACUGCAGACACUUUCAUCUUCCUGGCGCCCAAGGAUCCUCUGAUGUCCCCAACCUUUACCCUGUACCUGGCUUACGGCAUCAAACCCAACGUGUCUCUGGAUCUUUUCGACCUGAGCACCACUCUUCCCACCCCUGCUAACAUGGGCUAUUCUCUGGAUCUUUCCACGGAGGAAAACGUCACGCGUACGGUGACGUCAGACCCGUACAGCUGGCGCGUGCGUCUCCGUGACGUGGAGAUUGGGGACGGCAACGACACCAACUGGUACCUCGGAAUUGAGCCUACAAGCGUGGAUGGAAUGGAUGACGAAGGUCGCCCAAAGCAGCCCGGAACGGUGUCAUUUUCAGUCUUCAUUGAACCCGUAGAGUGCGUCUUCUUUAACGAGGAGGACCAUUCCUGGGACCGAAGUGGUUGUGAGGUUGGACCUUUAACAACUACAACCCAUCUCCACUGCCGCUGUGACCACCUGACCAAGUUUUCGGGCCUCACUGGUCUGGUUGCACCAAACACGAUCAACUUUGAGCGCGCUCUGAAAGGGUUUCUGCUGAAGAACCUGAUUCAGAAUCCCAUCGGCAUCAUGACGUGCUGCGUCCUGUUCGCCUUCUACAUCACCUUGUGUGUACCCUGGACAAGGAAGAAUGACGCUAAGGACUUGGGAAAGGUACGUCUGCCUCGCGUGCUAGUAUCUAAACUUUGUAGGAAUUUUUUUCUACAGAAAGAAAGACAAAGAAAGAAUAGAAGUAAACCAAUAAGCAGAUACUUAAGGCAACAGCAGAUAACCACCGCAGCAAUCUUCGAUGACACGAAACAUCCCAAACCUCGCUACUACCUGAGGGUUUUCACCGGGCCGAGAGCAAACGCCGGGACAACAGCCAAGGUGUCCCUGAUGCUGCAUGGGGCGACCAGGGAGUGCGGCCCGUUCCUCCUGCACCAGCCCUACUCCGCCAUGUUUGAGAAGGGAAACAUGGCCGGGUUUGUUCUGUGCACCGAGACGGACCCGGGCUGGCUCACCCACGUGCGCGUGUGGCACGACAACUCCGGCAAGGAGCCGUCAUGGUAA